CUGUCAAUGUCAAAUCAAAUGUCAUUAAGUAUUUUGUGAAUUUGUUUGUUUUUAUUUCGUCUCUAUUUGAACCACUAUUGUUAUUAAAUUCGUUAUUUAUAAAUAAGAAAAUAUGGAUCUAGAAAUGGGUGGGUUUACCCAUGAAGAUUUUUAUUUGCCACCUGUAAAAUACGAGUAUCUAGAUCAUACUGCAGAUGUUCAGCUCCAUGCAUGGGGCGACAGCCUCAAGGAGGCUUUUGAACAAUGUGGAGUUGCCAUGUUUGGUUACAUGACUGAACUGAACUACGUCCAGAUCAAAGAGGUCCACACCAUUGAGGCCACAGCGGAUGACAUGAUGGGGCUACUCUACCAUUUCCUUGAUGAACUACUGUUCCUCUUCUCCUGUGAACCCAACAUCAUCUGCAAAAAGUUAGAAAUAACAGAAUUUAACACUGAAGAGUUCCGGAUAUCUUGCAAGUGUUACGGUGAAGAGUUUCAGAUUGGCAAGCACCCUCAGGGCACAGAGGUUAAGGCAAUUACCUACUCAGCUAUGCAAAUUGUAGAUGAACCUAAGGAUAAUAAGUUUGAAGUGUUUGUAAUUAUAGAUAUUUAAAUAAAA